CAGGGCUUCUUCGGGCUGCAGGGCGGCUCUUGCGAGCGGCGCCUCUCGGGCUGCCAGAUGCUGCGCCGCGGCCGCAGUGGGGCCAGCCGCUCUCAGUCCUCUCCCAAGCCAGAGUAUGUGACUCGGGUGACACCACUGCCUGUGGAGGGGCUGACUUUGGAUGCAGUUCGUUGGGCGAGCUGGCUAACUCCCCCGAGUCUCUCUUUGGGAAAUGACCACACCUAACAAGACACCACCAGGUGCUGAUCCCAAGCAGUUGGAAAGGACUGGUACUGUUCGGGAAAUAGGCUCUCAAGCAGUUUGGUCUCUUUCAUCCUGUAAACCAGGAUUUGGAGUGGACCAAUUACGAGAUGAUAAUCUAGAAACCUACUGGCAAUCUGAUGGAUCACAGCCUCAUCUGGUGAACAUUCAGUUUAGAAGAAAAACAACAGUGAAGACAUUGUGUAUUUAUGCAGACUACAAAUCUGAUGAAAGCUAUACUCCAAGCAAGAUCUCUGUCAGGGUAGGAAAUAAUUUCCACAACCUUCAGGAGAUCCGGCAACUUGAAUUAGUGGAACCGAGUGGUUGGAUUCAUGUUCCUUUAACUGAUUCUCAUAAGAAGCCUAUUCGUACAUUUAUGAUUCAGAUUGCUGUUUUAGCCAAUCAUCAGAAUGGAAGAGACACUCACAUGAGACAAAUUAAAGUGUACACUCCCGUGGAAGAAAGCUCUAUUGGUAAAUUUCCUAGAUGUACAACAAUCGAUUUCAUGAUGUAUCGCUCAAUAAGAUGAAUCUUCUUAUGAAAAACAAAAUAAAAGUGAUUUUUGUCAUGA